GGUUAAUCCAACAGCUUUAUUAAUUCAUGGAUAUGGGAUAAUAAAUUCUAUUGGAAAACUUUGUGUAACUGUAUCUCAUCUUAAUGUAUUUCAAUGAAAAAAAAAUUACAACCUUGCAUCGAUUUUUUUUUUAAAAAUUAUUGUGUGUGUAAAAAUCAAUCUUGCUUUCCAAAAAGUGAAUUAUAGACCACCAUUGCUUGCUCCACAGAAUCUGCUUUUCCUGCUCAAGUUAAAAAUUGUGAAAAUUUAUGGCAGAAAGCCAGAAAUGGUGUGUAGUGCUAUUGUUUUAAAAUUAAUAUUGCAUCAAAAGUGGGGUCUUUUUUUCAAUCUUUUUCUUUCAUAAAAAUAUUCUCCACUGCAGUUCUUAACCUUUUUUAUUACCUCAAAAGAAGCCUUGGCUUAGGUUUCUUAUGUGUCAACAGUGUAAUAGUAACUUUAGUCUGUGGACCUUUAAAAUACAACGUAAAUCUUGGUCCUUUUCGACAACAGAAAAGUCUUUAACGAUUCUAAACCGAGAACAAAAUGAACAAAUAUGGGUGAAGCAAAUUGAACUACACAAAUCCCAGUUAUAGAGGCUCUAGUCAUACAUGGAAGAAAAGAGUGGAAACCCCCUAAAUGGGAAGGCAUAAAGUACCUUCAAAGGAAAGAACGAUAGUCUAUAGAAGGAUAUAUUCCUUACUUUCGGUUUUGUAAAAGAUUCACCAACAAACCACACAAACCAAGCGUUUUAACCACGCCUUAUUUGUCUUUCCAAAUUACACCACUACCCUCAUUUCAACUGCAGGUUUCUCUUAUCAUCUUCAAACCAAAGAAGGGCAUGGUAGUAAGUCACUUCAUGUCAAAAGCAAUUCCAUGUUUCCAUAUAUUGGUAUGGCCAAUAUGGGGAGUACUGAAAGAAGAGAGGAAUUCAAUUAAGAUGGAUCAAGAACAAGUUGAAAUGGUUGGGAGAAUGUUCGUGGAUCGGUACUACCAGCUAUUCGACAACGAUAGAGCUUCGGUUUCUUUGUUUUAUCAGCCUAACUCAAUGCUCAACUUUGAAGGCCAGAAAAUACUUGGUGUUGAUAACAUAUCUUCUAAGCUUAAUCAAUUACCCUUUGAGAAAUGCAGACAUGAUAUCAGCACCGUCGAUUCGCAGCCCUCGUCUACUUCAACCGGUAGCAUUGUGGUGUUUGUUAGUGGCAGCCUUCAGUUGGUAGGGGAAGAACACUCCUUAAGAUUCAAUCAGAUGUUUCAUUUGGUUCCAAUUGGACAAGAAAGUUUCUUUGUGCAGAACGAUAUAUUUCGCCUCAAUUAUGGCUGAGAUUGGCAUUACUACAAUAUUUAUUGUUGUCCUAAUUGAAUAAACAUUAUACUAUAUAUGAUGCACAGUUUAUUUCUUUCUAAGGCUUUCCUCAAAAUUAUGGUUAUGCGCUUGUAAUGUGUAAAAAUGAGUAAAUUUAGCCACAUAUAAUUAAGAAUGUGUGUAGUAGCAAUAUAUGGAGAUAAAUUCUUAAACUACUUACUAUUGAUGUUCA